AUGGCGCCAACAAUUUUCAAAACUGGUCUCGUCUUCCUCGCUCAGCUACAGCUGACCUGGGGAAUGGUCAUUCUGCCUCGUUCGUCGGUCACUUGUGACUAUAAGACCGCGGCGGCUUCUGGAGACACCUGCUCUUCCUUUGCCGCCGAAUGGGGCCUGACUGAGGAGACCUUUGGGUCUAUCAACCCAGGUAUCACCUGUCCAGAUCUUGUGAGCGGUCAAGACUACUGUGUGGUUGGCACAGUCACAUCUACUGGGCCUACCACCACAGCUUCUUCCACGUUGACCACUUCUACGGUCAUCACUUCUACGGUCACCAGUUCUACGUCGUCGUCAACCUCGUCAUCUUCGGCUCCAUACCAGCCUCAACAGACUGGGACUGCUGCCACUUGCGACCAAUACCACCUAGUGGGACAAGGUGACUCGUGCAGUGCCAUUGAAAGCCAGUAUGAUAUCAGCUUGACCGAAUUCCUGGCCUGGAACCCCUCACUCAACUCUGAUUGCACUAACCUCCUGGUCGGAUACUACUAUUGCGUCGAUAUCCCCGGCGCCACCAAGGUCGCUACUACUACCACGGUCCCAGCCACUACCGCUCCUGCCGACGGCAUCACUACCCCCAGCCCCAUUCAGACUGGUAUGACCGCCACUUGCAAUAAGUUCGACCUCGUCCAAUCCGGCGAUACCUGCGCUGUAAUUGCCAAUAAAUACAAUAUCCCCCUCGCCAGCUUCUACGACUGGAAUCCAGCCGUCGGCUCUUCCUGUGCUCACCUUGAUGUGGGCGACUACGUCUGUGUGGACAUUAUUGGCUACACCGCCACGACCUCAACCACCUCCUCUGGUAACGGAAUUCCUACCCCUACUCCGUUUGAGCCUGGAAUGGUGAACAACUGCACGACCUUCUACUUCGUCAGUUCGGGCGACACUUGCGCGAGCAUUGCUAGUAGCAAGGGCGUGACUGUCGCUCAGAUUACACAGUGGAAUCCUAAAGUUGGAACCGGCUGCACGGAUCUUUGGUUGCAUGAGUAUAUUUGUGUUGGGGUGUAA